AUGCCGGCGAAUGUGAUUUGCAAUUCCGUGGAAUCGGAUAGAUCAAACGUCUUUGACACCUACAACGUUACCGUUUCUGGAAGCACUAGCUAUACCUUGACCUUUGACCCCACAGAAUACGGUCCGACUAACAGGUUGCCAGUAGGCACUAAUGAGGUCACAGUGACGGCUUAUCCGACGUCAUCGCCAUCGACUGCGAUAGGGAGCUGUACAUUUAAUGUCACUGUUAGUUUACAAGAGCUUCCAAUCGCCUGCCCCGCAUCCGUGGAUCUAAUUAUCGGGACAGAUUCUGGUGAACCUUUCUACACUUACCAAGACCCACAAUUCAACGUCACGUAUCCACCUGACAUUCCUGAGUCUAUGAUGUAUGUACCCUAUGGAAGCAUCACGAUGAUGAGAACAUACGAUGGUAGCUCUAGCAGUCCCAGACUAGCCAUCUCACCAUCAGCACACACUGUCACCGUUACGAUAACAGAUGGGACACUCUCAAAGUCAUGUCCAGAAGCAAGGGUUACCGUAGAAGAUCGGGAGCCCCCUGUAAUCGUCUGUGCAGAUGACGUAUACCAGGAUCACAUCUUAGUGGAUGCCGCAUUCUAUCUCAAAAGCAUUUCCGAUAACUCUGGCAGACCCUUCGAUGUUUUUUUCCUACCCGCCAUAAGCCAAGAGGCUAGUUAUCCUGUAGGAACGACAACCUACACUUUCACUAUCAUUGACAGAGCUGGAAACAAUGCGUCGUGUUCGUUAAACGUUACAGUUGAAAUAGAUGUGACUUGCAAUUCCGUGGAAUCGGAUAGAUCAAACGUCUUUGACACCUACAACGUUACCGUUUCUGGAAGCACUAGCUAUACCUUCACCUUUGACCCCGCAGAAUACGGUCCGACUAACAGGUUGCCAGUAGGCACUAAUGAGGUCACAGUGACGGCUUAUCCGGUGUCAUCGCCAUCGACUGCGAUAGGGAGCUGUACAUUUAAUGUCACUGUUAGUUUACAAGAGCUUCCAAUCGCCUGCCCCGCAUCCGUGGAUCUAAUUAUCGGGACAGAUUCUGGUGAACCUUUCUACACUUACCAAGACCCACAAUUCAACGUCACGUAUCCACCUGACAUUCCUGAGUCUAUGACGUAUGUACCCUAUGGAAGCAUCAAGAUGAUGAGAACAUACGAUGGUAGCUCUAGCAGUCCCAGACUAGCCAUCUCACCAUCAGCACACACUGUCACCAUUACGAUAUCAGAUGGGACGCUCUCACAGUCAUGUACAGAAGCAAGGGUCACCGUAGAAGAUCGGGAGCCCCCUGUAAUCGUCUGUCCAGAUGACAUAUACCAGGAUUACACCUCAGUUGAUUUCGCAUUCCAGCUCAAAAGCAUUUCCGAUAACUCUGGCGAACCCUUAGAUCUUUUUUUCCUACCCUUCAUAAGCCCAGGGGGUAGUUAUCCUGUAGGAACGACAACCUACACUUUCAUUGUCUCUGACAGAGCUGGAAACGAUGCGUCGUGUUCGUUCAACGUUACAAUUGAAAUAGAUUCGACAUCACCCUCGACUGAAGGUCCACAGACACCUACUUCACCAGGUAAGAACUCAUUGCACACGUUCAUGCAUGCAUGUACUGCUUUUGCAUUAUAUGUUUCUUUGCAACUAACUCAUUAACCAUGUCUGUUUCAUCCAUGACGUCUUCUUCUACUCCAACCUCGUCUUCCAUACCUGUUACAUCCUCUAAAAACCAUUCCUGUCACGAUCACAUCUUUCACCCCAGCAGGAACUACGAAUUCUAAUUUCGUCACGUUUAUGAUAACAGAUUCCGGCACAACAGCCAAUAUCAGUCCCGUCACGUCCAUGACAACCACUUGAGUCACAUCCGUGACUUUAAGUGAAACGACGACGUCAUCGUUGAGAAUUUCACAGACUCUGGGUUCCGGUAAUGUUGUUACAUUGCAAUCCCUGAUCUGUUUAAUAACCUUCAUAAUAUAUAUGUGCUUCUUUGGUACUACAACAUAUUGAAUUCAAUUUCUUCCAGAAGGUGAUGCUAAAAAACUUAAUUACAAGUUUAAGCGGAUGAGUUUAGUCUUCAGAGAUGUCCGUUCGUGGAGUCUGUUUCAGGGUUUAUUUCUGAUUUUGCAGUGCUUUAAAGUCAUCAUGAUUUCUUUUCAGUUUUGCUUCAUGUUUCGAUUGAUUUUUCCUUUCCUUUCCUUUCAACAGUUUUCUCUUGGACAGGAAUUCGCGGCGCGUAAGAUUUGAACUUCAAGAUGAUGCCUCGGAGUCCAUCUUCAUUCUUUGGACCAACACAAUGACUCCUUUCGAUGUCUUCUAAUAUGAGAUCAACUUCAAUCUCUUUUGCUAGGUCAGGUACAAUCUUAUUAGUGUCUUACCCUUUUUUUCUGGGCAACAAAGACUAUUAGGCGGUUAUGGCGAGAGUACUGCUCUCCUUCAUCCAUCUUGUUUUCUUACGCGCACACUCGAUGAGCACAUUCACUCAUUUUCUUUUUCAGGUACAUCAUUUUUGUUCCUUUCCUUCAUUAUUUACGUGCAGAUCCAUAUGAACGCAUCCUGUCCAUCAAUAGUGCCCUCAAGUUAUUAAAUCAUUCCUCUUUUCUUCUUCCAGUAUGGUACCGACAACCGUCGGCGUAUACCAUACCUUGUGCUUGUAAAGUGCCGAGUGUACAGUGCAAGUAAAAAGGCUCCACAAGAACUCUUCGUGCACGAAAAACAUUCAAAGCUCAACGGAGCCUAGAGUGUUGCACCUUCUGCUUAACAAGUUCUAAAGAGGUGCAAUUGACGACAGCAGAUGGUACGGAGUUCCACAGUCGGAUAGCAUAUGGGUAAAAUGUGGUGUGGGGUAGCAGAGUUGGAAGGGGACACGGAACUUCUGUGGAUUUCCACGAAUUCGUGGACCAAAAACUGGUAUAAAGCUAUUUCAAAUUCUGUCCGUUUUUAUAAAAUUGUUUUUAUUCAACCAUCUUAUUCUCCUCCCCUAACACGCAUCCCACACAGAGCACGGUGUCUCCACUAAUCGUGUGAUCCCCCAAAACAACCGUUAGAAUGGGAGGCAAGGACUACUGUCAACGGUUCAGCGUUGAAUACGUGUUUUUCUCAGCUGAUGACGCGCGCGAAACGGAAACAGUCCAGGCUGUGGACUAGUAUGAAGUAGGUGACUGGAAGAUCAACCAUGCCGUGGAGUAUGCGGUAAACCGUGCAUACUUUCUGCUGCGCCCUUCUUUCCUGCAGAUUUGCCCUUUGAAGUUGAUUCAGCACGGCUGUGACGCUGCUUGUGCGAUGAUAGUCACCCAGGACAAAGGGUACACAACGGCGUUGCACCAUUUCCACCUUUCCGAUGCUCUCCGGGGUGAAUGGGUUCCACUAAAUUGCAGCAUACUCCAUCACAGGGCGUACUCAUGUCUUGUACAGCAACUUCUUUGUAUUUGGUUUUUUUUUGCAGGAAGCACCGUACAGAGUUGGCUGUUUUAGUAGUGUGGGAAAACUACCCAUGG